AUGUGGAAUUCUAAAGGAUUGAGUAGCAUUGCUAGUUGUGUGGGCGUUCCUAUUAUGCUUGAUAAACAAACAUUAAAUAGAACUAGAAUGAGUUAUGCUCGUGUCUGUGUUGAAAUUGAUACUUCUUGUGAGUUUCCUAGCUCUAUUCCUGUGUAUCUGGAUGGUAUGCUAGCUUUUGAAGUGGAUGUUGAGUACCCAUGGAAGCCUCCGAUGUAUACCCAUUGUAAGACUUUUAAUCAUUCUUCCAUUGCUUGCAAGAAGGUAGUUGAGAUUGUGCAAAAGAACCCUAUAACUCAAGGAUCUCAAUGUUUCACUUCAUCAACCCAAACAGUCUCAAGGGAGGGUUUGAAAGGAAAUAGUACUGGUUCUUCUCAUACUAUUGAUCAAGAAGGAGGAGCUAGAUCUCAUUUUAUCAAGACCAAUGACGGGGGUCCUUCAAAGCUAGCACCGGUUAAGAACACAGAUCUGAAAAGGUCUGGUAGAGAUAAUUACAAUAAUGAUACCUCUGGUAGGAUAUGGAUUGGUUGGGACCCUUGUGAAGUUAAGAUCACAAUUCUUCACUCCUCUGCUCAAUGUAUUUUUGUUUUGGUGGAUACUAUUAAGGGGUUUUAUUUUGUAGCCACUUUUGUGUAUGGUAACAAUGAUAUUGGUAUUCGUCGGUAUUUAUGGGAAGAUAUUUGUAACUUCAGUCAGUAUAAUUCUAGACCUUGGAUUAUUUUAGGAGAUUUCAAUUUCAUCUUGUCCCCUACUGAUAAAACUGGUGGAGCUGAGAUAAGGCCUUAUCAUUAUCAAUAUUUAAGCAAUUGUGUUCAAGAGGCUCAUCUUAUGGAUUUACCUUAUUCAGGAGGUUUCUAUACUUGGUUUAAUAAGAAAGGUGCUACUAGAAUUGGUUUUAAGAUUGAUAGAAUCAUGGUUAAUAUGGAGAGGAUUGAUCAGUUUGUGGAUUCAAAGGCAGAGUUUCUCCCCCCUGGGGUUUCUGACCAUUCUACUAGUGUUGCUUCUAUAUUUGAAAAAAGGAAACAUGGGCCUCCACCUUUUAGAUUCUUUAAUUAUAUGACUGAGGAACCUGGUUUCCUUGAAUUGAUUAGAAGGAUUUGA